AUGUGGCGGGAUCGCACCAACCUCUACAUCUCCUACCGCCAGUCCUUCACGCACCACCCGUCCAAAAAGACCGGCUUCAAUGGCUUCUCCGACGCAGCCUCCACCAACGAAGAAAGCCGCCGCCUGAUCUCCGAGACCGGCGGCUUCGAAGAAGAUGGCGACAUGGUCAUCGAGAUGGACCUCCUGCCGCCGCGCUGGAUCGACGUGCAGGAUGAUGUGUCCGAGCUACUGACAGAUAUAGCGCAAAAAUCAUCACAGCUCGAUAAGCUGCACCAAAAGCACCUGCUCCCCGGGUUUGGGGACGAAGAGGUCCGCAGGCAGGAUGAGGGUGUGAUCGAACGGUACACCCAGGAUAUCACCCAUGCGUUUCACGAUUGCCAGAAGGCGAUUCAGCGGAUUGAGAUGAUGGUCCGCGAGUCGAAACAGCAAGGGAGUGUGACUAGUGGGGAGGAGACUAUGGCGCGGAAUAUUCAGAUCUCGCUUGCAGCCCGGGUGCAGGAGGCUAGUGCGAGGUUCAGGAAGAAGCAGAGCACUUACCUGAGGAAACUCCGAGACUUGGAAGGCCUGGGAACACCAUUCGACCGCGUCCCCACCCCAGUGCAGAACCCAUACAUCGAUCCGUCAUUAAUGGAGUCCGACGCGGACAAGUCCUUCUCACAAACGAUGCUCAUGCAGACGUCCCAGCGAACAACAGGCCAAAACGACACCGCCAUCGCACAGCGAGAACGCGAAAUCAACGAUAUCGCAAAGGGUAUUAUCGAGCUGUCUGAUAUAUUCCGGGAGCUGCAGACCAUGGUCAUUGACCAGGGAACCAUGCUGGACCGCAUAGACUAUAAUGUGGAGAAGAUGGGCACGGAGGUAAAAGCGGCAGAGAAGGAGAUCAAGGUGGCAACGAGCUACCAACGCCGCACCACGAAACGAAAAGUUAUGCUACUGCUUUUCCUCGUGGUUGCGGGCUUGAUCAUCGUCCUGAUUAUCAAACCCAAACGAAGUAGCGCUCCACCACCCCCGCCUGAUGAUACCCAAUCUUCCAACAAUCUUCGGUCUGUCGUUGCAUCUGCGAGUCGAUUGAGACAUCGCUCCUCGGCUCGGCUCGCGCGAGACCGAUGGAUGGAUCCGGAUAUAUUUCGAUGA